GGCCGGAAACAUGCAGCUGUCACUUUCAUAACAACAGCUCGUCUCUUUGAAUGGGGCACGAGUGUUUGUUUGGUCAUUUCAUUCAUCCUCAUGUUGUGAUCUGUGUGUGAGUGGACGUCAUGGACCCUCCAGAAUCAGAGGCGGUGGUCGCUGCUGCUCAGGACCCGGAGCUGAGUCCCAAGCCCGAGCUCUCUGCAGCGAUGCGGGCGAAAAUCGAGAGGAACCGGCAGCGAGCUCUGAUGCUCCGCCAAUCCCGACUAGCGAGCCGCCCUUUGUCCGCGGUGGAGGGCGCAUCCUCGGCCAAAGUCUCCAAGAUCACCGACUCCGGAGCCGGCUUCUUCAUCGAGGAGGAGGAGGAGGACGGAGAGGAAGAGCACAAGUCGAGGAAGGUGGUGCAUCAGCCAGCUCCAGUGAUUGCGCCAGACUACCUGGUUUGUGAUGAAUGUCAAAAACCAUUUAUGGAUUCCUACCUCAGUAACAGCUUUGACCUGUCUGUGUGUGACAAUUGCAGAGACAACGAGGAGAAGCACAAACUGAUCUCCAGAACUGAGGCCAAGGCACAGUACCUGCUGAAGGACUGUGACCUGGACAUGCGAGAGCCUCCGCUCAGGUGUAUACUGAAGAAGAACCCACACAACCCAACCUGGGGCGACAUGAAGCUCUACCUCAAAGUACAGGUGGAGAAGAGAUCAAUGGUGGUGUGGAGUUCGGAGGAGGCUCUCGAGGAGGCCAAGGAGACGAGAGAAGAGAACCGAGAGGUGCAGAAACAAAAGCGCUUCAACAAGAAGGUCAAAGAGCUGCGUCGGGCGGUGAGGAGCAGCAUGUGGACCAAAGACACCAGCGUGCACCAACACCAGUAUGGACCAGAAGAGGUGGUGGAUCUGGAGGAGGACCUCUACAAGAAGACCUGCACCACCUGUGGACAUGAACUCUCCUAUGAGAAGAUGUAGACACAAACACACACACACACACACACACACACACACACACACACACACACACACACACACACACACUCUGAGACUGUUACAGGUGCUUCUGGGGGGAACCAUACCACUCCUCUUUAUUACUUUUUCCAUUUCUUGAAUAAAACGUUCCAUCCUCAUCACAUACAAGGGGCCAACAUCACUCUGGUGUGUGACGCAUGCCUUUUUCAGUUCAGUAGGGAUUUCUAUGUGAAAUGGUUGUUACUCAGUGGUGGCUCUAGCCUGUAUGGCUCCCUGGGUGAACCCCACCCCCUACAGCUAAAUCAAAAUCAAAAUUCUAUCCUAUAUCAAAACAGAUUUCAUUGCCUUUGUUCAGGUAAGUUAAUGAUACUGCAACACUUUUCUUCGAGAGUGAGAAAAAGGACUGAUGAAGUCACUCAUAUCCGGUUGCUAUGGGCCAUUUAAACAUCUACCAACAGUUGAACGCCAAUUUUAUGGAUCACUAUUUUAACCACACUGAGCUGCUUUUGACUGUGAGAUCUUCUCAGCAGGUAGAAGUCUGCCUAUCUCACGAUCUACAACCAGCAUACUCCCUCCAACAAGAUUGAUUGAGCCAUACGACCCACAUGUCAUUGACGUGACGUGCCACUGAGUGAUAGAAAAUCCAUUGUGCAACAUGCUGUUACUCAUCUCAGCGUAAACGUUGAUUCAGAGAAGCUGUUGAUAUUUUUAGAUCUAACUUAGAAGACUGCCUUUUUUUAGCUCGCUGCCUGUUGCUUCACUUCCUGUUAGGAAUCCCCUUUCAUGAUGGGCAAAUGAAGGAAAGCGUUUUGAAAAUGCAGUCUUAACAAAAGCUGUGGAUUGUGGGGCUCACUCACAAGUUUAGUACAAAAUACGUGAAUUUUGAUUUGAUUAUUUUGAAUUGAUUUAGAUCAUAUUUUAGUUUUAAUUUCAUGUAUUUCGGCUCUGGCUGAUCCAGAUGGCCUGAAAGAUUUCAGUCAUAUGUGCUGUGAUGUCUCCAUCAUUAUAUCAAGGCUGAAGGUUAAAUCAUUACUUGUCCUCUGCCUUAUUCACCUGGAUUGAAUUAGGUCAUAAUUCAUAUAUCACAGUGGCUUAAUAGUCGAUUAGGUUCCUCUGCCAAGCACCAUGUGCUCAAUAACUUCCAGAUGAGGUGUCAUCCAUCCCAGGACAGGGGAUGUAGUGGUGCAUAGACCUAAGUCUGGUCUGAAGUUGCUGGGAAAUAGUUCAGACAUGAGGUCAGACUAUUUUAUUUCUCUGAAUGAAUGUUCAGUUUCAGCUGUAAAGAAAUAGACUUAUUGUCCUGAUGUGGAGUCCUGACUUAUUGUCCUGAUGUGGAGAAGAUACGAUAUGCUGUUUGCUCAGGAGAUAUUUUUAACCUUUCAAAAGACUAAUUCAAGACUAGAUCAGAAAUAAGCUUGUCUGACAUCCUUGUAAAUAUAUUUUUUACAUAAUAGAAAAGUUGUAGAAAAGUUCAAUUAUAAGUAACAAAAUCUAAAAAUCAUGAAUUAAAAUCAGAAGUGUUUUUUGGGGGUAUCUUCUUUUUGCAAAGAUGUUUUUAAAAGAAGCAAACAUACGUUUUUGUCUUAGAACCUGUUUAUUAAGGUCAGAGAUGUGCUGUCAGGUGUAGGGUGAUCCUUUUCAUAGCUGUGUAUUGUAAGUAAAAAUAUUCUCUUUUUCUAUUUAUAUCAUUUGAGACAUUUGUUUUAUUUACAGAAUUAUUUGUAUAUCCUGUUUUUGUAAUUUAAAGUGAAAAUGUAAUUUUCAAGACUCAAGAAUUUCUAUGUAAUAUCAAGACUUAAGGGACUAGGAAUGUUUUUUGGAAUGUGGUUCCUCAAAUUUAAUACUUAUUCUCACGUUCCCUUUCGAAUUCCCAACUUAUUGCCCCACAGUGUUCAAAAGAGCAAAUAAGCCAGUAUGUCAUUUGCAGAAGUUUUACUUUUGUCAUACUUCAUCUUUUGUAAAAUGAUUGUAAAUGUUAGUUUCAGCUUUCUCUCAACUUUAAUGCCAUAAUGGAUGAUAGGUCCUUAAAGUGCUGAUCUACAAUUGAAGCGUGAUAAUGUAAAAAUAUCAAAAGUUGGAUAACUAAAUGCCUUUGAAAAGAUGAAGUCUUCUGAUGUUUAAGUCAUAAAUAAACUUGAAGUCUUAAAAGUG